GACAACCAUUUCCUCGACGAUCCCGGCCUAUACGACUCCUGCUGUUGCCAUUUAUGCUCUUCCUCCUCCUCAUCCAUCUCCUCGGCUUCGUCCUCGACUGCAAUUUGGAGGGCUGGCGGGCGCCGUUUGCGUCAGAUAUUUUCCGCCUCUCUGCCUCGCUACCUACGGCCAACGGGCCAGGAGGUUGGACGUUGGCUCGGCCGGACAGCAUUAACCCUGCCACCAACGCUUUCAUCGGUCAAACUCUGUCCUUCUACCCUCAGCACCGCUCGACCCGAUUCUUGUGUCCCUUCUUGCCUCUCUCCCCAUCAUAGAUGGUGCUUAUUUUCUCCGCAAUUUCACCAUCUCCCCUAUCCCCACUCAAAAGAGAUUGCUCAUCAACCAGCUCAGCUGCACAGUUCAAUUUCUGGAAUUCCAAUUAAACGCAAAUCUCUGUUGGCCUCAACUCAUCAACAGUCGGUCCGUCUUCUAGCCGCGAGGCUGCAAUCUGGACGUAUCACUCUGUCUAGUGGUUGGGCUGCUCUGGCUCCACCGAGUGCCGUUUCUCCUCGAUUCGAUGCGUCGCCAACAGUAGCAAGCGAUUCAUAUCAGCUCCGAGGAGGACUAGAACCCGGUUGUCAUGUCUGUGAAGUCAGGUUGACCGGCUUCAGAUUGAGCUAUCGAGUAAGAGUAUGGUUAAUGCAUAUUUUUAAUUCGUGA